GCCCCGGCGUCCGCCGAGCCGUUAGUGCCAGUGUCCUGCCCGCGGGGCCGACGCUCGAUCCCCGCCCGGCGCGAGCCCGCCACCGCUCCUCUCGACGCUUGACCCAUCCCAGUCCCAACGCCCAGUGCGGCCGCCCCAAGAGCCGCGGGAGCGGUAGCGGCGCGGGGAGGAGGGAGAGGUGGGCCGAGCUGGCGGCCGGGGAGGCCCGGUUUUCAAGCCUCCUCUCUACCGGAGUUACUAGGUCUCAUCCAGCUGUAUUUCUUUCUCUGUGUACUUUAUGCGAAUAAGUUUUGGAGCAUCUGUUAACAGCUUAUGGGUGAAAUUUGGCUUUCAUUCAUGAACGAGAUAUUAUUCUUGACAGAAGUAUUUUAAAAGAAAAAUCUUUAUGAUGGCCUCAGCAGUACUUAGUUCUGUUCCCACCACUGCUUCUCGUUUUGCUCUGCUACAAGUAGAUAGUGGCAGUGGUUCUGAUUCUGAGCCUGGAAAAGGCAAAGGUCGGAAUACUGGAAAGUCUCAAGCUUUGGGAAGUAAAUCAGCUACAAAUGAGAAAAAGAGAGAGAAAAGAAGAAAAAAGAAGGAACAGCAACAGAGUGAAGCAAAUGAGCUUAGAAAUCUUGCUUUUAAGAAAAUUCCGCAGAAAUCCUCCCAUGCCGUUUGUAACACUCAGCAUGAGCUUUCGUUGUCCAACCCAGUACAGAAGGAUUCACGAGAAGAAAAUUGGCAAGAGUGGAGACAAAGAGAUGAGCAGCUGACAUCUGAAAUGUUUGAAGCAGACCUUGAGAAGGCAUUGUUGCUAAGUAAAUUAGAAUAUGAAGAGCACAAAAAGGAAUAUGAAAAUUCUGAAUAUUCCUCAGCUCAGUCAAAGGGUAUGAAUAAAAAAGAUAAAAGGAAGAAUCAUCAGGGAAAAGACAAACCUCUCACAGUAUCACUAAAAGAUUUUCAAUCUGAAGAUCAUGUUAGUAAAAAGUCUGAGGAAUUGAGUUCUUCUCAGACUUUAUCACAUGAUGGAGGAUUCUUCAAUAGACUGGAAGAUGAUGUUCAUAAAAUUCUUAUUAGAGAAAAAAGAAGAGAACAGCUAACAGAACAUAAUGGAACAGAUAAUUGUACAACUCAUGAACACAACCAGGAAGUGGUUCUGAAAGAUGGAAGAAUUGAAAGACUAAAGUUGGAACUUGAAAGAAAAGAUGCUGAAAUCCAGAAACUGAAAAAUGUGAUCACUCAGUGGGAGGCAAAGUAUAAAGAAGUAAAGGCAAGAAAUGCACAGUUAUUGAAAAUGCUUCAGGAAGGUGAAAUGAAAGAUAAAGCAGAAAUACUUCUGCAAGUUGAUGAAUCACAAAGUAUCAAGAAUGAGCUAACCAUACAGGUGACUUCACUUCAUGCUGCAUUAGAACAAGAAAGAUCUAAAGUGAAAGUAUUACAAGCAGAAUUAGCCAAAUACCAGGGUGGCAGAAAAGGGAAAAGAAACUCUGAAUCCGACCAGUGUAGGUGAUUAACAUUUGAGGUCAACACAAAAGUUAAAACUUUCAGGUUUUACAAAAAUGUAUAUAUUUAAUGCUGUGCAACUGCUAAACUAUGCAGUUUUUGUUGAAGAAACUAAAAAUGACUAGCUCACUAAUAGUCUAUAAUUUUAUGUUCUUUUGGCUUAAAGUGAGAAGAAGAAAAAUACAAUUUCAGCAGAACUCAGUGAUUAUUGUUUACUGUCCAUACUUCUUAUCACUUUAGUUUUUCAUCCAUCAAUAAAAUUUACUCUUCCACUAA